AUGGGACCAGCCAAAUUAGUGGCGUUCGUUCUGUUACUGCAGCCUUCUUUGGUGUUGGCAAACCCUGUGAGGGUUGUUGGAGGUCAGGAAUGCGAGAAAGACGGACAUCGUUGGCUUGGUCUACUCCAGACUGAGGAAGGGCCCUACUGUGGUGUGGCACUGAUCAGCCAAAACUGGGUGCUCAGUGCUGCUCAUUGCUACGAAAGGGAGAGACUCUGGGUAAGGUUGGGACUGCACAACAUAGAAGAAACAAGAGGGGAUGAGCAGGUGAGGGAAGCUGUCGGCACCUUCUGCUAUCCUGACUCUCCCGGCACCACCAUCAGCAGCUGCCCACGCUUCACCGAGGCCCUUGAGGAUGACAUCAUGCUGAUCAAGCUGGACACCCCUGUUACCCCUGUAAACAAGCACAUCGCUCCAAUCGCCUUGCCUGACUUUGCCACUCCUGUGGGGACACAAUGCAUCAUAAUUGGUUGGGGCCUCACUGAAUCAAUUGUCGGAACCUUUUCCUAAAUUUCUCUCUGUGCUUCCAUCAGUACUAUAAAUAAUAACUUUUGCAAGAUUGCUUUCACAAAGCCGAACAUCACUGAGAACAUGUUAUGUGCAGGAGUUCCAGAAGGAGGGAAAGGCGUAUGCAGGGGUGAUUCUGGGAGACCUCUUGUCUGUGGUGGAAAAAUCCAAGGGGUUGCAUCUUUUACAGGCAAGCUCUGUGGUCACUCACUGUAUCCCAGUGUGUUUACCAAGGUCUGCAACUAUAUCAACUGGAUCCAGAGUCCUAUCUGA